UAAAAUGUUUGAUCGUUAGUUCUACAUUUUUACGUGUUCAGGGAGAACGUCUAAGACGUAUUUUAAAACAAAUUUGAAACAGCUGUAUAAUUCCAAACAAAACUAUGGAAACUUGUCGAAACCUAAAUACUCCAUGUUGGGAAAAGAUUUCAUUCCGAAAGAAGAGUUCAAGACGAUCAACAAGAUCAACAGAUCAACAUAUCGCAUCACGGGUGCUUGCGUGGCGCUUGUCCUCUUCUGUGUUGUCCUCUCGAUCCCGGAGGUUGCGGCUCGGAGGCGAGGGAAGUGGAAGACGGACUGCAAAGUGAGAGCAUCGCCGUGGAGUAACUGCAGCAAGUCGUGUGGUAUGGGUUCCUCAGUAAGAGUACGGACUCGCGGAAGAUGCAAGCUAAGACGGGAGUCGCGCCUCUGCCAAGUUCGUCCUUGCGAUCCCGAUCACUUUGGCACUCGGAUAAGGGGUAAACGGCAAUGCAUCAACCAAGUCAGUAGUCGUUCACGUUUACAUCUGGAGUAUAUUGGCAGUAAAAGCGUGAAAACGUACAAGAUGAAAUACUGUGGCAUUUGCAAAGACAGCAGCAAAUGUUGUACUCCGUUCAAGACCCGGACAAAGAAGGUCUGGUUUCGGCGAAAGAACGGCAGUCGUUUCGCCAAAAAGAUGGCGUUUGUACGAAAGUGUCGGUGCCACACAAACUGUCUCGAAUCUCCGGGAGUUUUUAAGAUUAAUCUGCACAAUGACACUUACCCAGUCACACUUUGACCGGGUUUUUGGACUUAAGCGCCCCAACCGCCUAUACCACAAGUAACCUUUCCCGCAGCGCCAAGAUGUGACCUUGACCGGGCAACAGCUUCUUAUCAUCAAUCUCACUAUAAGAAAACGUUUUAUUUACCGAUAUUUAAACGCAUUUGUCGAUUUUUUACAAAACCCAAUCUGUAAACGCGUUUUCGCGGAUUUUUUUUUGUAGAAAUCGGGCAAAGGUUGCGGAACGUACAUAUACUGGGGUCGUGUUACCUCGUUCUACAACGUCCUCAUUAACUCAAAUCAAUGCUAAGCCGUGAACGGCAGAAGCGGAAGAGUUGGCGUGGGGUCUUGCAUUCUCACGCGUGCGGUUUACGCCGAUGUUUUGGGUUGGUUGGUUGAAACGAACCCAACUAAAGCGACGUUUCGUAACUGCCUGCUUCUUCUAAUGGUACAAGAGCAUGGAUCGUUAUAUGUUGACAUUGCCCCAACACACGAGUGGCCAUUUGACAGCAGUUUAACUAUUUGAGACUCUGUCGUCAAGGACAAAGGACUGAAAGGACGCGUUUGAUCACUCGCUGUUGUGUGUUUGAUACAGUGUUUGUCAGCAAGCACUUGGGAAAUUGGGAAAGGUCCGACAGACACCUUAGUUUCUUGCAUCUCCUUGUGAGUGUCGAUUGUCCUCACAAUAUACAUGAACAGACGGUCUAACCACGCAUGUGCGUUUGACGCACUUUGUAACAUUGGGACAAUAUUAUGGCAUCAAGACCCGUGUGCGAAACAGGGCGACUUUAACCGCAGAGGUCGUCGUAUUCUACUUACAUCAUUAGGGUCGUUGGAGCAAUCAGUGGGUUACCUUUCGUUGAUGACGUCAUACCGAACCCGUUACGUCACCUGUCGAAACUAAAGCCACCAUUCAAUAUGUGCCAACAUCAACUGAUAAAAUAUAUGCUGCCAAUUUAAUGGCACGCCGUGUAUUGUGGCAUGUAACACAAGCUUCGGCGCUGCGGACGACGAUAAAAUAUAUCGGAAAGAGGCAUUUAUUUGCAUUUUCAAACUUUUUCUUUAUCGCUUUAUUUAUUUUUAUUAUCUAUACAUAUCUUGCUAUUUUAUCGUUUAGUUACUGUAUACAAAUCGCGUGUCGUUUCACUUUGUCGAAUAAAAGUUGCUACAACGUACAUACA